AUGUCAGUUGGGCACAAGGCCCAGGAGAGCAAGGUCAGAGAUGAGCAGCACCAGUGUUGCCUUGGGAACCUGAAGAUCCCUCUCAGCCAGCUGCUGGCCAGCAAGGGCAUGACCCUGAGCCAGCGGUUCCAGCUCAGUAACUCUGGCCCCAACAGCACCCUUAAGAUGAAGGUCACCCUCCGGGUGCUCCACCUUGAAAAGCAAGAAAGGUCUCUGGACCACCAGCACUCAGCUCGAGUAAAGCAACCCUCUGUCCCCAGGGAUGGGAGGAGAAUGCCCAUCAGGGCUCAGAUGUCCGCGUCGCCCCACACUGCAGAUGGCGGACCCUCCCCACCCGUGCCAGACAGCGGGAGUGAUGGUAAGCCUGGCGAGGAGGAGAGCACCCCGUCUGUGGAGGCCAGCACACCAGAGCCAGGUGACCUGGCCGGAAGCUGCCCCAGCCUGCAGGCCAGUGCUGCCUGCUCCCCCAGCCACAUCCUCCUCAUCAAGGAGCCCACCCCGAGCAUCGCUUCAGAUGUGUCACUGCCCAUCACCACCCAGGAGCUUCGGCAGAGGCUGUGGCUGCUAGAAAAUGGGGCGACGCUGGGGCAGUCUCCGCUGGGGCAGAUCCAGCUGACCAUGCGGCACAGCUCGCAGAGGAACAAGCUGGUGGUGGUCGUGCACUCCUGCAGACCAGCAGCCUGGGUUCUCAUCUAUGAAGGGUUCAGGGGUCGAAGGACAGAGACUGGGGUCAGCACCAAGCAGGCACAGAGAAAGGCUGAGUGCCACUCAGCAGUCCUACCUGUACGUCCACAUGUAUUUGUUACCAGACAAGAGGAGGUCAGGAAGGAGAAAACACAUGUGUCGGAGAAAACACAUGUGUCAAAGAAAACAUCGAACCCCGUGUUUGAUCAGAGGGGAGCUUUUUCAGUUUUCCUGGUGAAGCAAAGGGUGACUGGGAAGCUCUCUGCCCUGAAGUGCAUCAAGAAGUCCCCUGCCUUCUGGAACAGCAGUCUCGAGAAUGAGAUUGCUGUGUUGAAAAGGAUCAAGCAUGAGAACAUUGUGACCCUGGAGGACAUCUGUGAGAGCUCUACUCACUGCUACUUGGUCAUGCAGCUUGUUUCUGGUGGGGAGCUCUUUGACUGGAUCCUGGAGCGGGGUGUCUACACAGAGAAGGAUGCCAGCCUGGUGAUCCAGCAGGUCUUGUCAGCAGUGAAAUACCUCCAUGAGAAUGGCAUCAUCCACAGAGACUUAAAGCCUGAAAACCUGCUGUACCUUACCCCUGAAGAGAAUUCUAAGAUCAUGAUCACAGACUUUGGUCUGUCCAAGAUGGAACAGAGUGGGGUCAUGUCCACUGCCUGUGGGACCCCAGGCUGUGGGUUAUGUGGGUAUCCUCCUUUCUAUGAAGAAACUGAGUCUAAGCUUUUUGAGAAGAUCAAGGAAGGCUACUAUGAGGUUGACUCACCAUUCUGGGAUGACAUUUCUGAGUCAGCCAAGGAUUUUAUUUGCCACUUGCUGGAGAGGGACCCAAAUGAGCAGUAUACCUGUGAGAAGGCCUUGAGGCACCCCUGGAUUGACGGGAACACAGCCCUCCACCAAGACAUCUACCCAUCCGUCAGCCUCCAGAUCCAAAAGAACUUUGCCAAGAGCAAGUGGAGGCAAGCCUUCAAUGCAGCAGCUGCGGUGCAUCACAUGAGGAAGCUGCACAUGAACCUGCACAGCCCAGGGGGCCACCCAGGGGUGGAGAACAGGCCACCUGCCAUGCAAGCCUCAGAAGCCUCCAGCCCCAGCUCCCCUGUGAUCACUGUCACUGAAGCACCCACCCUGGAGCAGAGCGGGGCUCCUGCCCUGUCCCAGCUGCCCUGCUGGCACAGCCCCUGGCCCAGCGCCGCUGGUGGCAGGUCCCUCAGCUGCCUGGUCAGUGGCUCCCUGCACAUCAGCCACAGCCUGGUGCCCAUGCAGCAGGGGCCCCUGACUGCCGGGCCCUGUGGCUGCUGCUCCAGCUGCCUGCGCAUCGGGAGCACAGGGAAGUCCUCCCACUGCUCUGAGCCCACACUCCUCAAAAAGGCUAACAAAAAACAGAACUACAAAUCAGAGGUCGUGGUGCCAGUCAAGGCCAGCGGCAGCUCCCCCUGCUGGGCAGGGCAAACGGGAGUGUGUCUCCUCAUGUGAUCCCGGCUCGUCCUGCAGUUCUCAGGAGAGGUGUUCCACUCUCCUCUGCCCCUCCAAACCUGGCACCUACUCUGCAGUGGGAGGAAGAGGGAGCAAGCAGAGCAGGGCCGGGCAGGAGCAGUUUCUGGUCAGAAGCAGCCGACGGCUGCCACCUGGACAGACGCUCUCAGAAGGCCCAGGAGUGAGCCCCGGGGCGUGGAGGCCUCGCCUGCCGACAGGAGGAGCAGCAUCUGAGGCUCCCAGGUCCCCCUGACCUGCCCUCCCUGCGCCCCACACCCUGCGUGCCAUGGCUCUGGGCAGUGCACCUAGAUUGCUCUUGCCAGGCCUGUGUUGUUCAUCAUGAGAAGCUUAACAGGCUGGCCAGGCUGUGUCACCUUCUCCAGGCAAAGCCAUGUGGACCACCUCCCCAGACCCCCUGCUCAGCACACCCUCACUCCUGCCGCUCAGGCCUCCAUCGUGGCCGGAACGGGUUCCUGAAUGUCGGCGCCUGCCCAUCCGCAUGAAGGGCAGGCAGCUCCUGGUCUGUGAGCCCUCAAGCUCAAAUGCUGAAGUCGGAUAGGCCCCUGGCUGCACCGAGACCGGGCCACCCUCCUGCCAGCACACUUCCGGACCGCCUCCCUCCCUGCCCCCAUCCAGAAACAGCACCCAGCCUCCAACAUGACAAAGAAAGAAAUCCUAGGUACUGUAAGGAGUUACUGUCCUGGCCAGAUGCCCUCCACACACACCCAAUCUAGUAAAAGCUGGAAGUUGACUGGUUUAAUUUCAGCCAGUAAUUCCAAUCCUGCUUCUGCUCCCUUCUCUCCACAAAAAGCAGGCACAUUAUUCUUGUCCCUUCCCCCUCCCCAGUUUUCUUGCCCCCUCCAGCCUCCUGCUUGGUGUUGUGCUUAAUAAAAUGUACAU